AUGGAUAAUACAAAGGUUAUAUGUGGAUCAGUUGAACAUUUUGCUUAUGUGCGUACAAUACGCAAAAUACGUCUUAUGAACAAAGAAUAUCAAUCACAACCAUUACAUCGAGUCAUUUUAUUAAAUAAUAUCUUGGAAAAAUUAUCAAAUGAUUCAAUUCAAGAACGAGAACGCAAGGAAUUAAAUGUUUAUAAAGCAAAAAUUUUUGAAAUAAAUGUGAAAUGGAAUAAUAACAGUGGUAAUAGCAACAACAGUAAUUACUGUAAUAGUUUAAGAUCAAGAAAGUCAACUUUAGCACUUUGCGAUUUACCUUUACCGUCAUCUCGACCUUCUUAUCUAAAAAAUAAUUGUUUAACAAUCUAUGAUGAAUCUUCAGAUGAAUUUAUAGUAAAGGAUAUACCUUUAGCCCGUAGAAAGAACAGAUUAAGUAAGAUGAGCACGUCAAGUGAUUCGAGUAGUACAAAUACGCUAGUCCGUUCUUACUCCUCAUCCUCGACCAAAUCAACAGUUUCCGAUGUCGAUACAUUGAAUGAUGACGAUUGUGAACUUUCGAGAAAAUAG